AUGAGCAUAAAUAGCAAGGGUAUAUUUUUGACCUCAAAUUGGAGGGCAAAACUCACAGUAUUCAAAGCAAUUCCUGCUGAUGAGUCCUUAAAAGAAUCUGGAAGUUUAACAAGUCCUGGAGUGUGGGUUGCUCCAGAAUAUGUUCUUUAUGGCUCGGCGACCGAAAAGGUAGACAUUUUUGCAUAUGGGGUGGUUUUGCUUGAGCUUAUAUCAGGGAAACAGGCUGCAGAUGGGAAAUUAUUUGAAGAAUCAGUUACGUUUUUUGGAGGUGGAGCAAAUGAAGGAUGCUGUUUUGAGCAGUUGAGAAACUUUUUGGAUCCAUGUCUAAAGGAAGAUUAUCCUAUAGCAGAGGCCUUAUGUUUAGCAGUACUGGCUAGUUCAUGUGUUGAAGAGGACCCUUUGCAUAGGCCAUCAAUAGACGAUGUCAUUAAAAUUCUAGCAAGAAUGAUUCAUCAUUAUAUUUUGCAUGUUAGUGAGCCUAUUAGUCGUUACUUGAUACGAAAGCUAACCUUGAUCAAUGAGCAUGUUAAGAUUUGGGAUCGAAUAACUCGUUGGAGCUUACUGGGUUUUGAUACCAUGUUAAAUCUCGAUACACACAGGUGA